AUGCCGCCUUCGAAGUCCUUCAAAGCGAAGGUCCUCGACCGCCUCGCUUCCCAGCAAGCAGCUCUCAGUCACAGUCGCGCUAGCAGCUUGUCGACAACGUCCGACUUAGCAGCGAAUCCCAAGGAAGCGCACCGCUCCACCAACAAGGAUCCCUCUUCGCAGCGCAAAGAAACGCCUUUGAGCUUGCCUCAACUCAUCUCGCUCAUAUCCUCUUGCUCCCUAAGCCAGUCGGGCGCUGGUGUCAGCUCGAUCCAGCUAGCAGGUCAACUAGUGAGAGCUAGACUCAACACGGAGCAGAGGUUGCGACAUAUUGACGAAGCGGACCUGGAGAAUGCAGGUGUGCAAGGUGUAGAGCUGAGAAAGCGAAUCCUGAAGGGUCUCAGGAAAGCUCUUCGAGACGGGCCGUUUCCCGCAUUCAGUAGCACGAAUCAGUCGGCCGCCGCGCCGACUUCCUCCGGAAAAUCUGUGGAAUCCUUUGACUUCGCUGCUGUCCUUGAUGAGGAGGCACUUACAACACGCAGGGUGCAUGUUAAUAGAGCUCCGGUCUUGCUAGCUUGGGCGGUAGUUCUUUGCGAAAGAUUAGGAUUCACCAGAUGUGAAGCUCUGAGUGUCGCGCAAUGCUACGUGUCGAUCACUGCUCAAGCUAGAGGACAGUCGAUUGGCGUGAUAAAGAAGAGUAGCGCAUCUACGUCAGGUGCAGAUGCGUCCGAUCGCGUGGGAAAUAAUCAGCCUCAUUUUGUGCUGAUGGGUGUCAAGAUACCCCUCAUGCGCAUAUCAGUAGUGGAGCAAUCACCUGGCCAACAAGAGCUGUCGGAAUGGAGGGCCAUCCUAGAUGGCUCUGUCGUCGAGCCUUCCAAGGCCUUUAACUAUUUGCGUGCCGCCAUGCGUCAACUUCUCCCGCACGUCAUAGGAGCCUUGAUCCUCUUGGCGGACUCCUACAUGGUCCCACCACCCGGCGCUACCGAAGCGCACGGAGUGGACGAACUACAUAAGCAAGCCUUUGAGCUGUACGUCGAUUUCAGGCCAGAAACGGGCGGGGAGUGGGGAAAGAAAGGGACGCUGUUCUUGAGCGUUAUUCUACGGCUCAAGAAAGGGUUGCAGGAGUCCAAGGGAAAGCCCGAUGAAAACGGCAUGACAGAAGAGGACUGGAGGAGGGAAGCUGCGAGGCUCGGGUGGGAAGAGCAGAGCAAGCAGACGGCUACCGAUCAUGCUAUUGAGGGGCCUGUCAAAUCGGAGAUUGGCGUGCGGGAAGGACCGACCUUCUCAGAGCUGCCUCCAAACGCGCACACGCUCGUCAAGCUUGAGCCCAGUAACGAUGAGGCUACAAACGCCCCGCAGACCGGACGAGUUGCGGAUCAUGGCGCAGUCGAGCCCGCAUGGAGUGCACAAGACUCUCUUGCCCCCACGCAGGAUCUGCCGCCUGAUCCGACACACGGCGAACCGGACAUAGUGGACGAAUUGUUGGUGGAAGAUGGACCUGGCGAGCAAUUGAACGCUGCCUCAGGCGAAGGUGCUCAGAGACAGCCGAAGCGCGUGUAUCUGCAAACAGACUCAAGCGAAGGUCACGAAAACGACAAUCACGAAGAGAUCACGCAAGACUCGACUCGCAAACGUGUUAAGAGAGAGGCAGAAAAAUGAUAUCGAAACACGCUCCGACUGGCCUACUGCUCCGCUCUCACCCAUCGAGCCAGAAACCGUCAUUUUGGCAUCGACGCAGGCCGCCUGAUGAGCCGCCCAAAAAGGCGUACGUCGUGACACCUCAUGAGGCUUGGUGAGGCUUUUCCCACCACUGGCUUCUCGAUCUCUUGUGGCCCGAAAGUCGGCAAAAGGCCAACGCUGCAACGCAAUCCUCUGCAAGGCAGCUCGGAGCAUCGCUCGAUUGAUGCGCGUCAUAGAUAUCAAUCGGGCAAGGACCUCAACAAUAUUUUGAGGGCGCUUUCUGACAAUAAGACCUAGAACGAGCCAAUGAAAAGGACGGACUAUUUGCCGUAAGGAAGUUGCAGAAGCGUGUAUGCUAGUUAUUGAGUGGGCAUUAACCAAGAAUACUUGGUACCGUGCAGUGCGGGGAAGGGCAGAUGCAAUGCAUGAGUCGCUUGGAAUUUGAUC